UAUAAUUUAUCAGGUAGAUAAGUACUACGAUAUAAGGUUACGAAACUUCAAAAGUCAGGCAUUGAAGAAUAGUUUUUUCUAAAAACUAACCGUGAAAAAUGGCUUUCCUUAACAAGACCUACAAGUUUGUGAGCCAGGAGAACUUCGAUGGCUUCCUCAAGGCAUCUGGUGUCCCCGAUGACAAGAUCGAAAAGACUCAGAGCUACACACCAGACCAGAAGAUCACUAAGGAUGGUGACACCUACACUUACAUCGUGUCUGGUGCUCUAGGCACAAAGGAAAUCAAAUUCCAGUCUGGAGUUGAAUUCGAUGACAAACUUGGCGCUGAACAGACUCCCGUCAAGAGCACAAUCGUAGUUGACGGCAACACAGUCACUCAGACCGCUAAGGGAGCCACCGGAGUCGCUACCUUCAAGAGAGAGUACAACGGAGACGAUUUGGUUGUGACCAUCACCAUGGACAAUUGGAACGGAUCCGCCAAGAGGUACUACAAGGCUGCAUGAACAAACUAACCAACAAACGAAUAGUCCAUAAUUUAAUUUAUUUUUGUAAUAAAAUCGAAAUUAUUAACUAA